UUUAACGACCGUGAACGCAAGAACACUGUUUCGUGUGUCUUCUCAUCAAAUGAGCAUGUCCUCAGUAAGUGAAUAUUUGGAGAAUACACUUGAGGAAUGUGGAGGUCUCGGACGUUUUCAAUGGCUUCUUAUUGCCAGUAUAAUUGGAGGGAAAAUUUCAAUAACAUGGACAACAUUAAUGAUGUCAUUUGGUGGUGCUAUACCGGAUUGGUCAUGUCAGUGGGGAAAUGAAACGACUAUAUUACAAAAUAUAACUAUAGAAUCAAAGACUUGUCAUCCUCCACAAAAUUACAGCGAUCUUGAAUGUGUCAGAAAGGUUUACGACGACUCCAUGCAUACAGUUGUAAAUCAGUGGAACUUAGUAUGCGACCGAGACUGGAUAACUCAGACAUUCACCACCAUUCAAAUGGGAGGACUGUUAGUAGGUGGUUUAAUAGCUGGACAAGUGGCUGAUAUCAUUGGACGGAAACCUGCAUACUUUAUAUCCAUGUUUUUCUUGUUAUUAUUUAAUCUCGUGGCAGCAUUUUCAUCGAACUGGCAAAUGUUUGCCGCUUUUAGAUUUUUAAUUGGCUUGGCAAGUGGGUUCUACUUGUCGGUGUUCUUCGUCUUUGUGGCAGAAUUCAUGCCACGGAAAUAUAGAUCCAUGAUAAUGGCAAUCCCGGCAUGGCCGAUUUGGGCAGCAGCGUUUGGAGGAGUAUCAUACUUGAUACAUGAUUGGAAAUAUCUACAUAUAGCCACUGCAGCUGUAACUGCUCCGUUUCUGUUUACCUGGUGGUUUAUCCCAGAAAGUUUUAGAUGGUUAGUUGCAAAUGAUCAAAUUGAAAAGGCUGAGGAAGUUAUCCGGAAAAUAGCCCGUAUCAACAAUGCACCAGUACCAGACACAUCCAAACUUAAAAUGGUAGUAGAAAAAUCAAUAUCUCACAACAACAAAAAGUAUACAUAUCUGGAUAUAUUUCGUAAUCCUGACUUCCUAAAAAAGACCAUACUAUUAGCUGUUUCUUGGUAA